AUGAAUAUAAAAUAUCUAUUUUCCAAGGCCUACGACUAUCUUUACAUAAUUCUAACCGACGAAUCGCCUUAUUGCUAUAAUCAUGACUCGCCAUUGCCUGAUAAUUACAAAGUGUUUUAUGUAAUUGAUGCUGCCGAACUCUUGAUAAUCUUUGUCUCAUUUGUUGUGGUCUCGAUCAAUGUUUAUGUCUUUCUCUCGGUUAAAAUCUUCCAUCGGAAUACUGUUCGAAUGUUCGGAUGUAUGAUUUGGACGUUUCCGGCAAUGCAAAUGACCAGAAUUCACGUUAUCUAUGUUUACUGGAGCAAAGGGCGACCAGUUGGUAAGUUAUAUGUGAAGCCGCAGGGAAUGGCAGAAGCAAAGGCCAGAGCAAUACUCACUUGGAAUAUUAGUCAGUCAUUGACCACGGAUAAGUAGAGAUUUUGAGCUCGCGCUUUGCAGAAAGCAGUCACGUUUUUAGAUCGAAAAACGUGCCAGGAUUGAGAAAUUUUUUCGAAUUUUUGAAGGGCAUAUUUGGCCUUCUGUUUGGCCUGCGGCGUGCAAGAAAAACUUAAUUCUUUGUGCAGAAUUGAUAAAGGCACUGCCAAAAAAUAAUUUUCGCUGUUUCCACUAACUUUCGCUUUUUUUUCAAGGCUAAAGUCAGAGCUAUAAGUUUAAAUUUCCAUACUAGUCGCGCCAUAAAGCCCUUCUAUGUCUCGGCCUACCUUGAAAAAGCAAAAACUAUAACGCCUAAGGAAUUAAAUAUUUUCUGCCUAAUCAGAGCACGUGUAAAACGUUUCAGCGAAAUGUGGACAUUCCCCAUGAAGCAGUUGUCUUUACAAUUUAUAAUUUCUCGGCCAUUUUCAGCCAGCUUGGACUAUUUCUUCAAUUGCAAUCCGGAAGUCCAGUUCUCAGAAUACCUUAGAUUCGGGUUUAUGAUCUCUUAUUACGUCGCAUUAUGUACUUUGACGUUUGAACGGCUUAUUGCGACCGUCUUUCUAGAGACCUAUGAGAAGAAAGAAUUUUGGUGGACAGUCUUUGUGACGCUGGCUCUUCAAGCAUUCUUCUGUGCGCUUGCGGUUUACUUUAUCACAAUCAGUAAGUGCCAAAGAUGAUGUCGCCAACAUAAUGAGUCAGACAGUGGGUUACUUUUAUAGGUUGGGAAAUAGUGGAUGAAAGUCGCAAAGAUUGAAUUUGAGGGAGUUACAGAGAGUUAAUUUCUCGAAAAAGUUAUUGCUUGCAAAUCAAAUUCCAGGGUUCAUGUCCACGACAUUUAUCUUUACGAUUGCCCUUCUGUUUCAAUGGACGUUAAUACUUGUAAGUCGAGCACACGAGCUGAAAAAUGUCUCAGAUUUUCUUGUACUGCAAAAGAACCAAUGAACGACGUUACAUGCAGUCAAAGUUGUACAACCACAAAUACAGAUACAGCUUGACAGCAAUGUUUCAAUUGUCCGAUAACAUCCGAGCAAUCAAAUGCAUGGUCCCUGGGAUUAUCAUCGUCACAGCGCUGAAUAGUUUGGCAAGUGCGGUAAGUUGGUUGGCUUUACUUAUUAGGGGGAUGUUCCAAGCGUGAAAAUUCAAGUUUUGACAAAUUUUUCCCAUGGUUUGAACAAAAGAUUACGGUGAAUUUCUUUUUUUUAGUCUUAUUUUGCGACAAUUCUAUCUGUCGACAUUUUCUGGCGGAGACUGUGGCUGACUUUAUUUAACGCCACGAUUUGUUCGUAUGCUGCAGUCGCCGCGACCAUUCCCAUUUAUUUUACGGACGUCUACCGGGCCAGGCUGAUCGUGUAAGUGGAACCUUAUGAACAAAAACAAAUCGUUGCAGUUUCUAAACUUUUUUUUGUCGUAAGGUAAAUUUAUUGCCCGGUACUCGUCUCUAGAGAAGUGUAGAUUGAGCUUUAGGAUAUUGAAAACAUCCUCUAGAUGGCUACAAACUGGACGUAUCACACCGUUUGAGGACCGACGCAAAACCUUGAAAACAUUGGGCGGCACUCAGAUGGUGUUUGCCCUGGAAGACGAAGGCAACAUUUAUUUCCAGACGCUGAUUUCUUCAUGGAAAUAA